AUUGGUCCGAAACAUGAUUGCUUAUGUAAUGUGUUAUUAGGAUUCAUCAGCUUGGAUUGUGGGUCACCACCUAACGAGCCUCCUUACAACGACGUUCAGACCGGAUUAACAUUCUCAACGGACAAUGGUUUUGUGCAAACUGGCAAAACCGGAAAAGUUCAAGAGGAGGUCGAGUCGCUCUUCCCUAAACCGGUUUGGAAUCUCAGGUACUUCCCAGAUGGAACCAGAAACUGCUAUACCUUGAACGUCACGCAAGGCACAAAAUAUCUUAUCAGAGCUUUAUUCGUGUACGGUAAUUACGAUGGUCUUAACGAAUACCCGAGUUUCGACCUCUACCUUGGUCCAAAUUAUUUGGAAACGAUUAAUUUGGGUCUAUGGGGGACAGGUGGUAUGUUCGAGGAGAUCAUCCACAAACCCAUCUCUAAGUCCCUCCAGGUCUGUCUAGUUAACACAGGAACAGGUUAUCCUAUUAUUAAUACCUUAGAGCUACGACCAUUACAGAACAAUAGUACUUACAAUACUCAGAGCGGCUCUCUGAGGCAUUUCAGACGGAAUUAUUUCAGCACUGCAAGCCGUACCGUAAGGUAUCCCAGUGAUGUUAGUGAUCGUGUAUGGAUACCCAAUUUCGAUGAGAAAAAAUGGACAGAAGUAACUACCAAUUUCACCGUAAACACUUCUAAUGGUUAUAACCCACCACAAGUCGUGAUGGCGUCAGCCUCAACGCCCAUAAGUGCUUUUGCGCCAUGGAAUUUCACCUGGACAUGGUUAUUGACGCCUUCGACGACCCAAUUUUAUAUCUACAUGCACUUUGCCGAGAUUCAAUCUUUACAGGCGAACGAAACCCGAGAAUUCAGUGUAUUGGUGAAUGGUGAUCCUAUGUACGAACGCUAUAGUCCUAAACCCUUCUCCAUAGAAACUUUAUCAUACUUCACACCACAACAAUGUGAUCAAGGAAAUUGCACCGUAGAGUUACUAAGAACGUCAAAAUCUACCCUUCCUCCUCUCAUAAAUGCUUUCGAGAUUUACACGGUGAUCGAUUUACCGCUGUUGGAAACAAACCAAGAUGAUGUUCUUGCUAUCAAGAGUAUCCAAAAUACUUACAAUUUGAGUAGGAUUAGCUGGCAAGGAGAUCCAUGUGCUCCUAUAGAGUUCUUAUGGGAUGGUUUAAACUGUGACAACGCAAAUGCUUCAGAGCCACCUAUAGUCACUUAUUUAAAUUUAUCAUCAAGUCAACUAACGGGGAUCAUCGCGCCUGUCAUUCAAAAUCUAACUAACCUAAAAGAAUUGUAAGUAGAGCGUAAACAGCAUUAUCUAUAUAACAUAGUAUUUCAUAUUUACAAUAAAUGUAAUCAGAGACUUGUCAAAUAACAAUUUGACUGGAGGAGUACCGGA